AUGCUUCAGACACAGCUUACUACUGCGCACGAGGAAAAUGGCAGACUCCGCCACGGAUACGCGUUGGAAUGUCAUCGAUAUGAUGCGGCUACCAGGGAACUCUCGCAGCUCCGCGGGCAGCUCAAACGACUCGAAGCGAUGCUUUCACCCAAAGAGAGAGAUUCUGAAAGUAUUUCACCGUUUUUCUUCCACUUAGAGGCCAGGGAGAUGGCCCUAGAACAGGCAGAGCGGGAGCUAAGCCAGAAAGCAGCCGCUCUGAGUGUAGCCUGCCAGAAUGUCGCAGAGCGAUACAGCAGUGGGCGUACUUCCUGGGUUCGCCCCAAGCCUGGUCAGCACAUGCAGCAGCAUCUGCAACAGGGGUACUGCACGCCCAUUGGCACUCGUCCAAACAUGGUGGAUGCCAAUAGCAGCGUGGCCGCUAGCUUAAACUGA